AUGUCCCAACUGGACAGGUACACUCCAAAACUCCUGGAGCUCUUCAGUGCAAAAGGAGGAGUGACUGGUCAGCGCAUCAAGAACUUGUUGAUGGAACUGAUACAGGACCCAAGUGCCUCUGCAGUGAUGAAGAGAGAUGUGACUCUGAGAUGCCACGGAGACUACAUGGGAGAGAGUGGACAGGAGCUAAUCUCUGACUACUGUAUUCACACGCUGCAGUAUUUCCAAACUGCGUCCUCUCAAGUUCCAAACUUCCCAGAGUUUGUGAGUGUUGGUUAUGUUGAUGGAGUUGAGAUUAGUUACUAUGACAGCAACAUCAGGAAAGCAGAAUCCAAACAGGACUGGAUGAACAAAAUCACAGCAGAGGAUCCAAAAUACUGGCAGAGAGAAACAGAGAUCAAUGUUGGUAAUGAGUUAAUUGACAAACACAACCUUGAAGUUCUUAAGAAGCGUUUCAACCAAACUGGAGGUGUUCACAUUAACCAGAGGAUGUAUGGAUGUGAAUGGAAUGAUGAGACUGAUGAGGUUAAAGGUUGGCGUCAGGAAGGUCAUGAUGGAGAAGAUUUCAUAUCGUUGGACAUGAAGACAUGGACAUGGACUGCAGCAAAACCACAAGCUUUCCCCGACAAACUCAAGUGGGACCAGAACAUAUUUCUACUAGACCACCUGAAGUAUUAUUUCACUGAGCAUUGUCCUUCUUACUUGAAGAAGUAUGUGAAGAAUGGGAAGAAGGUCCUAAUG